UACACAUGUCUAGAAAGCCAAGUUCGCGUUGAGACUAUUGGGACUGUCUUGAAAGGUGUCAUCAAGAGUCUUACAGGUGCAACCCUUGACAUGGUUCCUGAACCAUCCACCUUCAGCCAGAUGGCUUAUGAGAUGGGCGUUUUGUCUGACAUCCAAGUAGCUGAAGAGAUGACAAGCAAUGAUAACUUGACUUUGAGUAUGGAUGCCACAAGUUUGGAUGGUGACCACAUAAACGAAGUGCAUGUCAACCUGCCCUCAACACCACCUCGUGGUUUGAUUCUCCAAAUUGCUGUCCUAGGUGGGGGAGCUACUGGUGACUACCUUGAACAUAUCAAGGAAAGCAUUAAUGAUGUGACAUUAUCUUAUGCUAAGUGUUUUCAGAAGGAUCACAUGGAACUCAAAGAGCGUGUGAUAAGUCAUUUAAAGAAUACGAUAACAGACCCGGUAGCUGUUAAUCACUGUGUUGUAGAACAGCUAAUUAAAGACUUUGAUAUUGCCAUUCUUGAGCUCAACUGCACCCUCCACCCAGUUGACGGGAUAGCUAGUAGGGCUCGGUCAGUUUUGAAAGAAUGUGAUGCAAAGUUCAAAAUUGUGAGCUCCACUUUUGGGCAGGCAUGCAAGGCUGCAAAUCUAAUAUAUGGUGUGAGUAAGAUGCGAUACAAACAAGGGAAAGGAGACCCUGGUGCCUUCAAACUUUUCAUAAAAUCACAUAACAUCAGGUCUGCUCAGUUUGUGAGAUUUGGAAUCUGUGUGCAAUUCCCUAAAUUUUGA